AUGGCUCCGCCACCCCCAUCCCAAAGCUCCCAGAGCUCAGCAACAAAGUCCGUCACCACCACCAAGCUGCUGGCCAGCGAAAGUCCUGUCCCAGGCACCACCGUUCUCGCCACCCCAUCUUCUUCACCACCACCAGAGUCUGCCUCUGCGGCAGCACCACCAAUCGUCCGGAUCAAAUUCCGCUUGAUCCACAACCCGAAGCCAAAGCCGAAGCCAAAGACCGACAAGCGCAAGAAGAGAGCCACCACCACCAAGCCAGCACCGAAGAAGAAAGCCAAAGUCCAGCGCCGCAAGAAGAAGGCACCUCGAGGUCCAAACCCGUCGCAGCUAAUCCUCUCGGUCUCGGACAUCGGGGUCAUGCCCUUUGUCAGGACGAGCCGAAACCGACGAUUGGGCCUCGAGGGGCAGACUCUUGCGGGCUGGGACGGAGAUUUUGUGGAGGAGAGUGUGUGGGCUGGGGAUCGGGUUUGGGGGGCGGGGGAGACGGAGACGUUUCCUGUUUUUGACGAGGAGGAGGCGAUGAGGUUGAUCAGAGCGAGGGCGGAGAUUUAG